UUAAUUAAAACCACGCGGUUCUGGGCCGACCGAUCGAUCUAAGAAUCCUGACACGAUUUCGGGACGAGAGACCUAUACGAACUUGUGUGGCACACGCGUUGGCUUAUCUUACUAGUGUCUAGUAUCUGACCAUGGCUUUUCCUCCGAUAGCGAGGGCGACCUUGCAAGCUGCGCUGAUUAAUGCGGGUUCCAAUGUUCUCGCUCAGGCUAUUGGGGCUUAUAGGGAUGAGAGACCCUUUGAACUAGACACUCAAGUCUUGUUUCAGUUCACUACUUGCGCCUUUGUUAUUUCACCCUUGACCUUCUUGUGGCUUGAGGGUCUCGAGGCGAAAUUUCCAGGCUAUGAUGAGAGCUCUGCUCCCAAGCCGAAGACGGAGAAGAAGGAGGCACAGAAGCCCAAGCUGAAUGUGACGAAUACUGUGGCGAAGAUUGUCAUCGAUCAGAUCGUCGGCGGUGCCUGGAACACGGUAGCCUUUAUCAUGACGAUGGGACUUUUGCGCGGUCAGAGCUGGGAUGCCAUUACGCUGCAGGUCCAAAAGGAUUUCUGGCCCAUCCUAAUCGCGGGAUUCAAACUGUGGCCUAUUGUCUCUAUCUUGAACUUCACAGUGGUACCAACAGACAAACGGCUGCUUGUUGGCAGUCUGUUUGGUGUGAUCUGGGCCAUUUAUUUGAGUCUGAUGUCUGGUUGAUGUUGUAUUAGGUCAUCUGAGGAGCUUUCCUGGAUUGCCAGGCUAACGGGUCUAUGUUGGAAGCUAGGAUGGGCGCUGGGG